CUAGACUCCGCCCCACUAUCUUUCCUAUUGGAUAGAAGUGUGACUCAUAGCCCAGAUGAUCACGAGGCAAUGAGCGCUCCAAACGCUUGAUAUUUGAUGUUUAUUUCAUAAAGAGUUCCUUAAAGACCGAAAAGCAUGUACAAGCGAUGGACGUGUCCUCUAGUCUUAUUAAGCAUCUCUUUCCUCAUUUAUGGUCGUCCAGCAAACUCGUCCCUUCCACUCACGCACAUUCCCUUUUCCACCAUAUGGAAUGCACCUACGGAGCGCUGCAUGUCUCAGUUCGGGGUCGACCUGGACUUGAGCGUCUUUGACGUCGUCCACAAUCGAGACCAGGCGUUCAUGGGGGACAACAUCACCAUUUUCUACUCUGAUAAGUUGGGACAAUAUCCAUACUACGAUGAUCACAACGAGCCAAUAUAUGGAGGCGUUCCUCAGAACGCUAGCCUGAGUGAGCAUCUCCGUAAGGGGCGUGAUGAUAUUCAGAUGGACAUCCCCGAUCGUGACUUUCAGGGGCUGGCUGUGAUCGACUGGGAAAAGUGGAGGCCGCUUUGGAAGCGGAAUUGGGACACUAAGCAAGUGUACUGGCUGGGAUCCAAAGCUUUGGUGAAAGCCAAACAUCCUGACUGGACUCCACAACAAAUCGAAGCCAAAGCUGUUGAAGAAUUCGAGGGUGCUUCGAGGGGUUUCAUGGUGGAGACGUUGAAACUGGGUUUUGGGGAGCGCCCUGGAGGAUUGUGGGGGUUUUAUGGCUUUCCAUGCUGCUACAAUUAUCAGUACAAGAAGAAUGAAACCUACACAGGCGAAUGUCCACCUUUGGAAAUAAUGAGGAACGAUAAACUGGCUUGGCUGUGGAACGUCAGUUCGGGGCUGUAUCCCGAUAUCUAUCUCGACCUGAUGCUCCAGGGCCGUGAUCGGGAUGUCAUGCUGUACAGUCGCUAUCGGGUUUUGGAAGCCAUGAGGGUGAGAAAACAGGCCACCCGCAGUCCACCAUCUGUGUUCCCUUACGCCAGGAUUGCCUACACGUACUCAAUGGAGUUUUUGUCACAGGUGGAUUUGGUUCACACUAUCGGUGAAAGUGCAGCUCUAGGAGCAGCAGGUGUCGUGCUUUGGGGAAAUAAUAAUUACUCCAAGACAAAGAAAACCUGUGAAGAGAUUCGGCAUUACAUGGACGACACGUUGGGCCGUUAUAUUGUGAAUGUGACGAAGGCAGCGUUUCUCUGCAGCCGGGCGAUCUGCUCGUUCCAAGGCCGAUGUGUCAGGCGGGACCCGAGCGUCAGGGCCUACCUGCAUCUCGACCCGUCUGUUUGGUCCAUCGUUCACAGAGCCCAGAUGCCAGGGUUCGUUACGGCGGGUCCGACCUAUGUGGCUUACAGAAGGGUGACGAUGGUCCAGGAGGACGACAGUUUUUUUGCAGCCAAGUUCAAAUGUCAGUGUUUCCCUGGAUGGGAAGGUGAACAAUGCCAGAACCCAGCGUCUGUAGAGUUUUCUACACGGCAGACGCUCAGGACUGCAUUAAAUCUUAUGGAUAGUAAGGUUGUUGGGUUAAACACCACAGCGAAUAAUCCAUGAAACAUAACCAUUGUGGACUUGAAUACAGGCACUGGUCACUUUAUUUGGCUUUUAUUAGGAAGAUUUGCCUAGAAAACAUUAAAAGGACUGAUUGAACUAUACUAUAAAGAAGUGCAUUGCCACUUUGGACUUUGAGCAAGAUGCUUAACCUCAAUUUAAUUCAGUUACUAUCUUUAACAAGCUUACAGUGAGUUGCUUUGGAUAAUAAUGUCUGCUACAUAGUUGCUGUCAUGUUUAAUGCACUUUAAAAUUUGAUCAGUUUGUAAAAAUUAAGAUGCAGUUUAUUGUCAUACAAUGAGUUCAUGUCUGUUAGCUUUAAAUGCAUUUAUAUUAUGGGGUGGUUUUACAGACAGGGCUUAUCUUAGUCCCAGACUAAAAUGCAUGUUUGAAUUUAAAACCGCCUUGCACUGACUUAUUUAUAUAUAUAUAUCAGUGCCAUUGUUUUGUCUCCAGACACACACCAGUAUUGUCUUUUAUAAGGUAUGUUUGUAAAACUAUUUAAAUGUCCUUAUAUAUCUAAAGCCUAGUGCUGAAUUAAUAUAAACCCUGUAUGAGAAACCGCCCCUAUAUGUUAGUGUACAUCUAUGCAUUAAAACAUUUUAAGAAGUAAUUUUUUGCUGGAAAACAAACCAAAAAUAUUGUUUACUCAUCUUUGUCUUUAAUGUUGUAUCAAAAUGUUUGUCCAAUAAAAUGCUCUGUGUCUGUAAACUAGUCUUUUCCCUAACACUUUAAAAAUAUUAUUAAAUAUUGUUUUAAUAUAUAAUUUGAUUUUAUAAUUAAGCAUGUUAAUGUAACGUAAAAUAAUGCAAAAAACACAAAAUGCAUUGAAUGCUCUGUAAGUUGCCUUGGAUAAAAGCGUCUGCGAAAUGCAUAAAUGUAAAUGCGUAAAUGUGAUAUGUCACCCCUCUCAACUUUUUUAACAAUUUUAAGAUGAAUCAUUUGCAUGAAAUUGUAGAUAACAGAAUAAAUUGUGAUUGGAAUAUAAAUAAAAUAAGGAAUAUUUUGAAUGGAUGUAUAUGUGUCUGAAGUACUCUGUGUCCUCUAGAUGGCAGUAGUUGAACACUUUAAAGUGCCUUAUAAUGGCAGCAUGACAGUCACUUCAACACACUAACAAUCUGAGAGGACGACGAGAAUGAAAGACAUUUAAUAUAUUAAUGGACCGCGUUUGAUCAUGACAAAAACAAAUGACUAAUGUCACGAACGUGUUUGCAUGAAGGAUUUCAUUGAAUGCUUGAAUCACUCAUAAGUUAACUGGGGUAGUUGUCACGU